CCAUGUACAGUGGAUAUGGAGGGAGUCCUUCGCGGACUCUGUCCACCAUGUCUCUCUCGGUUCGACCGGUCAGACGUGUCGCCUCCAGAUCCAUCACUAGGAGUCAGAGUUUUACCGGAGUUAACAUCCAGGAAAAAGCCUACAGGAACCUGUCAGCGUUCAGCACUCCUGGUCUCAGCAGGAAGUCCAGCAGAGCCAGUCUGAUGUUUAGCAUGUCCACCAAGUCCAGCCUGACCCCUAAAGUUCCUCAACCAGAGCAGCUGGAUCAAGCCUAUGAGGCCUUGAAGAAAGGCCUUCAGUCUUGCCUGCAGACUUAUCAGAUGGACCUGAAUAACCUCAGCAAACAGAUAAAAGAAUCUAAAAGGAACUCCAGACUGGGGUUCCUUUAUGAUUUAGACAAGCAAGUUAAAGUGAUUGAGAGGUACGUGAGGCGACUGGAGUUUCACCUCAGCAAGAUUGAGGAGCUCUAUGAAGCUUACUGUCUUCAGAGGAGACUGAGAGACGGAGCCAACAAGAUGAUGAAGGCGUUCACGGCUUCUCCAGGAAGCAAAGAGGCCAAGGAGAGUUUGGUGGAGGCCAAUAAAGAACACAAGGAGUACACGGAGAACAUGUGUGCGUUGGAGAGUGAGUUACAGAACCAGCUGGGGAAGUUCCACAUAAAGAUGAAAGGUCUUGCUGGGUUUGCCAGAUUGUGUGCUGGUGAUCAGUACGAGAUCUUCAUGAAGUACGGUCGACAGCGAUGGAAACUCCGGGGAAGAAUAGAAAUCAACUCUAAGCAAGUGUGGGACAGCGAGGGGAUGGUGUUCCUCCCACUCAUCAACGAGUUUCUGUCUGUGAAGGUGACGGAGCUGAAGAGCCUGGCCAAUCACGUGGUGGUAGGAAACGUGUCCUGUGAAACCAAGGACCUGUUUGUUCCUCUCCCCCAGAUGGUUGCUGUGGACAUUAACGAUCUUGGAACUAUUAAACUAAACCUUGAAGUCGCCUGGAAUCCUUUUGAUAAAGACGAAUCAGGAUUAUUUCCAGGCUCUUUCAACGUAAUCCAAAGAAUCCCCAACCCAAGUCCGCCUGACACGCCUCCUCCAAACAACCCAAACUACAGCUCGACUCCAUCCAACAAACAUCCAACUAACGGGACACUGUGGUCUCGUUCAUCUGAGUCUUUGGACGACUUCUCCAGCCCUCUGCUGUCGAUCGCAGCGCUGCACGUCUCGCCCCCUCAGCAGGACCUACGAAUGACACCGGAGGUUCAACGUCCAAAAGAUCCGUCCUCACAAAGCUCCAGAGGCUUCACCUGCUCAACUCCAACUCCCGCUGAGAAAAAGGCGUCCGUCAACAUCUCUGAGGUUCCCAGUUUCCUCAGAUCCCAAGACAAAAAGGUGACGAUACAAAAUGCAACCAGUGAUGAAGAGGUGGAUACAGCGGGAACCAUCAGUCCUACCACAGGGCCACCCUUGAGGUCUCUCAGCCACAUCAGUGAGAGUAGUGCUGACGGAAGUGCUUUGACGGACCAAUCUGUUGGUGAAUCAGGGGAUGGGUUUUCUCUGGUGUCUGGGACCUCGGUCAGUGACAUUGAGAUAGAGUGGCCCAGCACAACUCCUGAGCCUCCCAGUCCAAGUGCCUCACAUACCAACAUGUCACCAGAAGGGCUCUGUGCAGAUCAACUCCUACUGGAGCAUCCAAAAGGUGAAUCUGUUGUCACGUCUCCCAGAACUGACGACCGAAAUGCUCAGUCGUUAGAGAAAGAUGAGCCAUACGUGGAAGCACAAAGUCUUCCCAGUGAGGGAGACGGCUUGGCGAACAUUGGGUUGGAGGAUGCUCUGGAAACUCUACUUUCCUGUCUAGAUGAUUACAGAGGACAGUUCCCCGAUUUACAAAUACUGGAAGAGGAGCUCAGGCUGCUGCAGGUGACGCUGAAGGGCAGCAGGUACAGGCGUUCAUCCAGCACGGUCAGCCUCUCGGUGGAAUCAGCUUUGGGCAGCUUUGACUUCCUGAACACAUCAGACUGUGAAGGAGAGGACGAAGUCCAGAACGGUGUGAGGAGCAGGAACGGCAGACCUCGACAGGAUGGGGGCUGGGACAGCCACCUCUCCCCCGCCUCGCCCCCCACCACUGGCUGCACCACUCUGGACAGCUCUCUGGUCGUCCACCUGAAGAACUGUAGCGCUCAGCUGUUGCACCUGGGCAUGUUUGGUCCUCUGCGGUGUCGGGAGAUGUACGCCUUGGACAAACUGCUGAGAGAAGCUCAUGUCUUUAAAAUCAUCCGUCGCAUCAUCAGGGACAAUCCACUUCGUCUGAGACAACCUGCUGAAGUGGUACCAGAGCUGGCUCUGUGUUUUGGGGCUGUGUCUUUAUGGCAGAUAUGUGGGGUGCAUGGCACCACGUACUGUGUCCCUGCUGACACUUUUUUGAUGACACUGUCUAAAAUCUACUCCAGCAUGCUGUGUGAGAGAGCGGACCCAGUGCUCUCACGUCUGGUUGAGAAAGUUCUGGACCAGAAGUUUCUGCGGCGAGGCAACUGGAACAAACUGAUGGUGACAGUGUUCCAGCUGUGGAGUUACCUGGAGUCCAACAGCGUGAGGAACUUGGAGACGCACAUUGCUGAGCUAGCAGAAGAAGUGUGGCUGGUGCAGAACCUGUCGUCAGGAGACCAGGAUGUGAUCAUAAAUGCUCUACGUCGACCUGCAGAGUGCAGCUUGAAGAGGGAAGGACUUCAGGCUGUGGCAAAACUAUUAAAAGAUCCACGGAGCAAAGUUUUGGCCUCUGCACACGCUGUACUGAGAACCCUGGCUGGCCAACCCAGACAGAGAGAACAGGCUCUGGUAAACUGUUUGGAGAUGUUGGAAGACGAUGACCUGGACGUCAGAGUGUGUGGAUGCAAAGCAUUAGCGUGUCUAAAGGCCAAAGAAAGCAUCGAGCAGCUGGUUUAUGUUUGUCAGACGGAUAAGGAGGAAGUUCGAGACGCUGCCAAACGAGCUCUGCUGGAGUUGGGUGAAGAAGGAAAGAUGGCCCACAGACAUGUGGAGAUUUCUCAGGACAUCUUACCGAGUCUCUUUGCUCCGGGAAGCAUGGCUAGCACAGCCUUCUGACUGAACACACACACACACACACCAAUGGUGAACCAUGACUAUAAGCGCUGGGCCUUCAUGAAGGACGUGCCAUCCUUCCAAAUGCUCACCUUGGAGACACAGUAGAGUUGUCAUCUUUAUGUUUAGUUCCAAAAUGAAGUGACUUGCCAAAGGGGAGGGGCUUCUCCAUAUUUUAUCCAUGAGGUCCACCAUGUGACUGAUGAUGUCAUUUCUUUAUAGCCACCAGCAACAACCUGAACAGAACCAACAGACGACCCACCUGAACACAGAACCUGAAAAAGUCCAACCUUUCUGUCCCAACAUUACCCAGAAGGCCCUGCAGCUCACCCAGCCUCUUGCGUUCAAGUACAAAAUAUAAUUUUAAUUAUUUUGACUGAAUUUUAACUUAAAUCCACAUAACUUACUGUUUGUAUAAAAUUCCAUUUUGUAAUGAAACCAGAAAACAACUUUAAUAUUGAAAAUUACUGAUGUAACCUGUGUGAUAUUUA